AUGUUUGGGGAUCACACUCGUUACCAGCCUACCACGCCGCCGGGUGUGCCUUAUGAGGAAUAUCUUGGGUCAGGACAUAGUCGCAACGCAUCUACGUCUUCUAUUUACUCAGCUGAAUCUUCGCCAUGGUCAACCAUGACGGGUAACACUAGUCCUGGUCUCUCGCCAGUUCGGCAUCAUCAUGGCCCGGCACUUUUGCCCAAGAUUCGACCCCAGGAUGUGGUGAUUGAGCCGGUCUCUGCUGGUGGCCCUUUGCGCAAUCGGCGAGUCUUGUCCAACACACGAAAUACUCCUGGUUUUGCGCCUUAUUCCCUCAGCCGUCCAUCUGUUCGGCGAAACCAACCCGAAGCUGGGGAUAGAAUGCCUCUACCAUCUCCCAUUUCACCCAUUAUCAUCACGAGCCCUGUCAGUCAUUCUGCCUUGUCAUCUCCAGUAACUAUCACGUCAAGCAAGCGCAAGAGCUCUGGUCACUGCCGAUCUGUUUCAGCCUCCGGUAUUGAUGCGGCUACUCUAAAUCGGUAUGGAUAUCCUACCUACCGACAGCUCCCAAAAUAUGUGCCGCAUGUGCAGGCACAAACCUGUCCAACUACUCCAGUCACGCCAGUGACACCAAACAUUGUGGUCUAUCCGUCUCAACCCCAGCAACCGAUGGUGGAGGUACCUCGACUUGCUCCCGUACGCACACCACGUCAUCCGUUGACUGUACCGACACCUCAGUACUGCUACAGCCCAGUCCAUGGACCCCAGAGAUCACCAAUGCACCCAAUGACUCCUCGCGAAGACCUCCCUCCCCCAUCUACCAACUUGAUCUCGUAUUUGACCUCUCCCACCCAAGCAGUCAACUUGGUCCGUAACGUCAGCGUCAUCCCUACCCGUGGUAUGCAUGACUACUUCUGGUGGGAUAUCCGUCAGCUUCGCAACUGGACUUCCUUCUCCUUUGCCACUAUUGACGCCAUCCACGGACUCACCCAGCUCCUUAAGACCGAGAUCCCUGGAGCACUUGCUCCUCCAGUAGGCGUUCCCUCCUCACGUCUAUCCCCGGAGUCCGAACCCGGUCUUGUUGCCCUAAUUCGGGACCUUUAUGCGCCUCGAGUCAAUGCAGCAUUAGCUGUUUCCCAAGGCGCAGAACAUCUUCAACUCCACCCAGCUCCGGAUAUCCGUCAUACCGGACACAAAAACCAUGGGCACCCACAUUUCCUAGCCAACUACUCCACAGACACAGAAUGCACCAGCGCAGGACUCCCACGAGGCCGACUCGUAGGCAUAGUCAAAAGCUUCGACAGAUGGAACUCAGCCAUGCGCAAUGAGGCACCACACCGCCGUGUCGAAUACUUAAACGGCCUAGCCCAUCUGCAGCGUUGCAUGAGGGAACAUUCCUGCCGCUAUGGCUUCAUUAUCACCGAAAUCGAACUCCUUUGCGUCCGCGCCGGGUGUGAUGAUGGCUGCGACGUCCCAUAUUUCGGGUACCUCGAAGUCGCAGCCCCAAUCCCACUGAAAACAGCAGCGACAAAACCCCCGUCUGUGCGGGAAGUCCCGGCCCUGGCAACACCCAUCAGCGCACGCUCAUUCUCCGCUUCUUCUCACGGCUCGUCAUAUUCACGGCAUCCGUCACCUGUCCCUGAGUCUGAAUGCUUGGAAGAUCAUUAUCAGACUCCCAUGACAGCAAGCUUGGCGCUGUACUUCUUACUCAUGCUUUCUAAAUCUGUCCCACUUCCAGAUCAACCUUCCGCCCACCUCAACGUCGGCGGUCCGGGUGCCCUUACCCGGCAGCGUACCCUCCCUGAGCCCAAAGAUAAUUGGAUUCCUGAGCCGCAGAUAGGCGAGCGUCGUGACGCUAAGCGGGUUCGGGGAUGGGUUUGGCCUCAGGACGCUUGGCAUCGUCGGGAAGGGGGCGGUGUCCCUCGAUCAACAAGGAACAUCGAUAUAAGGGCGAAGAAGUGGCAUAAAUAG